UUUCCGUACCACAGCUGUCUGUUCAGUCAGUACAGGUACGAACGUAAACAAGCGGCUCCACACGCUACUAAUGUAGCUUCUGCUCAAGUUAUCAGACACCUAGAAAUCAAUCAUUGUGUGGACAAUGAGUGGUAUGCGAACAAUCUUGACCUCCACCGCUCUGGUGGCUGUGGCUGGUCUUGGUUAUGGAAUGUGGUCGAUCAUUGCACCAGGAGAAGAAAGGAGGAAAGCCAUCAUCAAGAAUCUGCCGGAAUCAAACCCAGUGAGGAUGGAAGAGACGAGGAAGCGGAAUGCUCUGCUGAUGGAGACACUCAAGGAGGCCGCGGAAACCAACGAGAACAUCGCAAGAAGAUUUGGAGGCUCAAAAUAACCAGUUGGAAUGCUGAAGUUCUUCAACGUGGAAUAUUUCCCCACUGUAUCGACAGUAGUACAGUGGAUCAAUUAAAAGGAGGAAAGUACUAGUAAUAGCACUCAAAGUGACCAGGUAUCUUGCCAGUGCACCACCUGAUCUACUGUACAGGUGUGUUUACACUGACAAUGUACUUAUUUUGUUGGCUUCAAACACAAACAUAUUUUAGGUUACUGUGUAGUCAUAUUUCAGAGUAUUUGUAACAUAAUUACAGAUCAUAUGCUGUCGCUAAUGAAAGUGGUUGGCGCUUUUUAGGUGAAUUUCAUGUUUGAACCUUUGACCUCAGGUGACCUCCUGGACCCUACUUGCCCACCAGAAUGUACAGUGGAUAAGUGUGUAUAAAUACUUUUUGCUGUCACCAAAACUGCCUGUGUAAAAACAAGUGUAUUUCACCGAAACAACAAAAAUGAACAAUAUAAAUAUAAACACAAAAUACAGUUUGAAUCUUCAAUAAUUCCUUGAAAAUGUUGAUUUAAGGUUGUUAAAAUUCAAUUUUAAAUAAUGAUCUUAUCGUUUUUUUCAAGACCAUUGCAUUAAUUU